GGAACCCGUCAGCUGAUGAGUGAAUUAGAUCUCCGCCGUUAUCAGCUGUUCUGCUCACAGACCUAACAUGAGUGCGGCAUUUCUUGCCUCAGUGGUCGUGUUUAUGUUUGCGAGCGACUGUUAUUCCAGCAGCCUCCCCUCAUUCAUCCUGCCGUUCACAGACUGCGCACGGAGCCGGGGGAAGGAUGGUUCAUACCGGGGAGCCAUCGACGUGACCGAGUCUGCCAGCCGGUGCAUGAACUGGACGGAGGUGGCCGGAUUCAAAGAGCGCUAUCCGGGCAGAGGGAUAGGAGAGCACAACCACUGCCGCAACCCGGACGGCAGGAUCCGUCCCUGGUGCUUUUUUAGGAACCACAAAGGCAGAGUUGACUGGGGGUACUGCGACUGUAAACAUGGCUCAGUCCGUCUGCAAGGAGGUCGCUCCAAGCUUGAUGGAAGGGUAGAAGUGUAUCUGGGAGGAGUUUGGGGGUCCGUUUGUGGCAACGACUGGGAGGACGAAGAUGCCGGAGUAGUCUGCAGACAGCUGGGCGAGGGGGUGUCUGGUCUUGCUCGUGCAGUUCCUUUGUUUCGCCGCCAACAAGCCAGGCUUCACUGGUUGGCGGUUCAUUGUCAGGGAGAAGAGCCAGAUCUGCUCCAGUGUCCCAAAACUACCUGGAAGGGCGAGGAGUGUUCUCUGGCUGCAGCGGUUACCUGCACCCAACAGAGGGUGGUCGGGACCCUUCCUUUACGGUUGGUUGGACGUCAAUCAGAGUCAGAAGGCAGGGUUGAGGUCUUUCACGCAGGACAGUGGGGUUCCAUAUGUGAUGACCAAUGGGACGAUAGUGAUGCAGAGGUGGUGUGUCGACAGCUGGGGUUGAGUGGAGUUGCUAGAGCUUGGAGCCAAGCACAUUUUGGCAAAGGUACAGGCCGCGUCUGGUUGGACGAGGUGCGCUGCUCAGGCAACGAGCUCACUUUGGAGCAGUGUCCAAAAAGUGCCUGGGGAGAGCACAACUGUCUGCACUCUGAGGAUGCUGGAGUGUCCUGCAGUCCCCUUACAGAUGGUACCAUCAGGUUGGCUGGGGGAGCUGGAAGCCACGAGGGACGUUUAGAAAUCUUCUACCAUGGUCAGUGGGGGACGGUGUGUGACGAUGGUUGGACAGAGUCAAACACCCAAGUUGUGUGUAGACAGCUUGGUUACAGGGUGGGCGAGACGCUCCCUUCUGAAGGACUCGACAUGAACCCAGUUCCACGGUUUGGGGUGGGGUCAGGUCCAAUCCUUUUGGACGAUGUGAGCUGCACAGGAAAAGAACCCAGUCUAUUGUUGUGCAACAGAAGGGAGUGGCUCCGCCAUGACUGCACACACCAUGAAGAUGUUAACAUCGCCUGCAGUUCUGAACGAGGUGCAGGCAGUCCUCCAGCUAGUAUCCCUGUGCGGCUUGUGGGAGGGGAAAGCUCCAGGGAAGGUCGGGUUGAGCUCUUUCUGUCUGGACAAUGGGGGACUGUCUGUGAUGAUGGAUGGACUGAUCAAGAUGCUGAGGUGGUGUGUAGGCAGCUGGGCUACAGUGGUGCUGCAAAGGCUCGUGUGAUGGCGUACUUUGGAGAAGGGACGGGUCCCAUUCACGUCGACAACGUGAAGUGUAACGGUGAGGAGCAUUCGUUGGCAGACUGCAUCAAACAGAAGCCCGGCAUGCACAACUGCCGCCACAGCGAGGAUGCCGGGGUCAUCUGUGACUACGGAGAAUCGCAGCACAGCAACAGAGAGGUCAAAGAUCCUGUCAGCUCAAUUUGCGGUCUGCGUCUCGUACAUACUCGCCAGCGCCGGAUCAUAGGAGGAGAAAACUCUCUGAGGGGCGGCUGGCCUUGGCAGGCUGCCAUUCGUUUGCGAGGAUCUCGAGGAGAUGGGAGGCUGGUUUGUGGUGGGACUCUCAUUGACACAUGCUGGGUCCUAACCUCAGCACACUGCUUCAAAAGGUAUGGAAACAUCACCAAGCAGUAUAAAGUCAGACUCGGGGACUACCACUCCCUUGUUCCAGAGGAGUAUGAAGAGGAGUAUGGCGUUGAUCAAAUCAUCCUGCACCCGAACUACCACUCCCACAGCAAUGAUUAUGACCUGGCCCUGGUUCGCCUGUCACCAGGGGCGGUGGGCCAGGCACCAGGGGAGUGUGUGUCAUUUAGCCGUCAUGUCCUUCCCGCCUGCCUGCCCAUGAGGAAAGAGAAAGUGCUCAAACAGGCCAGCAACUGUCACAUUACAGGCUGGGGGGACACAGGACGUUCAUACUCAAAGACCCUACAGCAAGCCACGCUGUCCCUUCUCCCACGCCGCCACUGCCAGCAGUAUUUCCACAAUGCUUUCACGAGCCGCAUGCUCUGCGCCGGAAGCGUCCAGUCAGAGAGACGCGUGGACAGUUGCCGGGGUGACAGUGGAGGUCCGUUGGUGUGUGAGCGACCAGGAGGGGGCUGGGUGGUUUAUGGGGUCACGUCCUGGGGUCAUGCUUGCAGGACACAACAGUCCCCUGGUGUUUACACCAAAGUCUCUGCCUUUAGCACAUGGAUACGCAAAAUAACCGGACGUGAUGAGAAAACGCGAUAAGGGCUCACAAACUGAAAGAAGUGACCACUCAGGACUCGAUUGAUCAAAUGAAAAACAGGGCAGCAAUACAUUUCACUUAUGACAAUCUGUUGUCAUGGUAAUAUACAUAUUGCCUGACCAAAAGGUGAAAAUAGGAUUUUCAGGUUAAAAAUGUAAAAAAAAAAAACCAAUGCUGACAUUUCUUCACACUUAUAAGUAUGCCAUAGCUGAAAUAUAUUUUGUUGUAAAAUUAUCCAUUAUUUAAAUUAUGUUUUGUGUGCAAGCUUUUAUUGUGACCUUCUUGAAAUUUUUUUAUUAUUAUGUAGUUUGUCUUAAAAAAGGGACCAAACAUAUAGUGAACUGUCUGUCCAUGAAUAUGCAUACUUGCACUAAAAUCACCCAUUUUUUAAUUUAACUCUGUGAUAUUCAGAGAAAUGUGCUCUCAAGCCCCAUUUCAGUCUCGUGUAAUUUCUCAGUUGUGUUUUAACUUAUGCAAGAAUCUUAUUUCAUGUCUUAAUAUUGCUCAGGCCUUUAUCUUUUAUGUUUAAUAAUAUAUUGUAUUUGAUGUUGUGUGCUGUGUAACAUUUGCACAGAUAGGCAAUAUUUCUCUAUCAAAACUUACACAGCCAUUUCCAAGUGUUUCUUUUUUGCAGCCACACUUUCUUCUUGUGUUGUUAUUACAGUGUUGGACAUUUCUGUUACUAAAGAGACAUUAAUGUCAAUAUCUCUUUUACCAAUGUUUACUUUCUUUAUUGUUAUUAUUUCAUUGUAAUAUUUACCUAUAAAGGAAAACAUUUGUAAGGAGGUAAAAUGUGUUAUCUCCUUAUUCAUCACACUCUAGAUAUUUUUAUAUAUUUUUUUAAUAUGGUAACAAAUAUGCAAUAUUUUUUUUCUCCAUGUCUAAAAUUGAAAAUAUGCACAAUCAAAGUCAGAAUAUAGUCAAAAGUUUCUAAAGUUUUAACAAUAUUAUUGCAUCAACUAUCAAUGUGUGGUAAAAUGUUUACCCAACACCAAAAGUAGUGAUGAUGAAGUUUAUGGCUACAGAGCUCACAAAGUAUCUGAAGUCAAAUGUUCCUUCUAUCAUUUUACUCAGACACUGAGGAAGAAAAUACUAAGUAUGUUUCUCACCAGCCUAAAGUUAUGACAAUCUAUUAUGGUGUGUGAAAUUACUGAGGUACUUGCACACUUAUUGCCUCAGGUAUUGCUUUUGUAUUGAAUACCUUCAUAAUUAACCAACUGAGUCAUGUUGGUAUAUUAUAUUGUUAUUAUAGUUAGAAUGACAGUGACUCAUUCCACAUGAUUUAUUGUCUAAAUAGUUUUGAAAAGCUUUUGCUUAUCAUAGUUUAUGUUGAAUAAGCGUGUUAGUAUUUAGGAAGCAUUCAGGUGGGAUUUAAAAAUCACUCCCAACACUUUUUGUGAGGAUUUGAGUUUUCUUUGUGUUUAUUUAGGUUUCUGUCUCUAUUGAGUCUCCGUGUUGUCCUGAGACUCAAUAGUUACACCUGUUUCUUGUUUCCCCUGAUUAUCUCCCUGUGUAUUUAAUCCCAACUGUGUUCCUUUGUUCCUUGUUGGGUCCUCGUCUUGUCUGCCAUCUUGUUGCCUGUUCCUGUCAUUAUAACUCCAGUUGCUACCAGAGAUUAGCUCCUCGCUUUUGCUCACUCUGUGCUGUCUGGAGUCUUGUAUUUUCAUA